GCAAGAGGGCGCUCGGCUUAGAAUAGCAAAUGAUGUCAGAUGAAAACAAUAAUCAUGUCGAUUCCUGCCGAGUGGUCUCAAGGAAAUGAUCUCAAAAAUUUCUGUUGUGAACGACAUCAACCAUGUAUUUACUACUAGCAUGAAUGUUUCCUUCUGAACAAAGUGUCACUAUUUGGCGUAAUGAUCAUGCAGUCUCCUUAUCACUGGUUCCUGGCUGUCACACUUGUACUUGGUUAUCAUGGUGGACUUUCUACUGCGAAAUGUAACCCUGACGGUUUUCAGCAACUGAAGCCAACAUUCAUUCAACCGACGUCAGAUCGUCUGGAGCUUUUGCCAGGUGAUAGUUCGACACUUAUAUGUGAGGUCCACCGUGAAGUAGAUCCAGAGAACCCACCCAGAUACGGCCUGCUCAUCUGGUGGUGCAACUCUACCCGCCCAGAAUGCCACGAGGAAGAACAGUCCAUGAACACCCGCAACCCAAUCUUCCUUCAUGUGGACAAGAGUGUGGCCCAGAAUGCAUCUGACCUCCGCUCCGAGUUCAGCUUAACGAAUGUUGAGGCCAGCCAGGCGGAUAUGUAUUACUGCGUGGCUUUCAGCGAAGAUCGUGACGUUUCAAAAUGUCCUGGGAGUGUAGCUGUGGACAUUGUUAUAAAGGACAAGUCUAGAGUGAGACUGACAGACCACACCAAGCUGAUUGACAUCUUGGAAGGAAAUCCUUUCAAUCUCACGUGCAUCGCUGAUGGUUACCCCAGCCCGACGUUCAAGUGGAAAAAGGACGAAAAGGCAAUCAAUGGUGGCAAGGAGGGGACGAUUAGAAAGCUCAUGGCAGAAGAGAGUGAUGCAGGAAUCUACAAGUGCCAGGCACAGAACAAGUUUGAGACAUCUGCGUGGUCUCCAGAUAUCAAAGUUGAAGUGGACAGCACAGGACCAAGUGGAUUGUCUAAGGUGACCUUGGCCCUACUGAUCGCCGCUGCAGUUGUUCUCGCUGUUCUACUUGUCUUCAUCAUCAUUCGAUUAUCAAAGUUACGAUCACAGAUGACUUGCUUCACUAUCGAGAGGAUUAGCAUCAGGGGCGACAACAAUGUCGUCCACAGGCAUAGCGAACAGCGGCGGGGGAGUCGCCUGUCCCGCGCAGAUUCCUCGCAUGAGCGUCAGACAUUCCUGCAUGACGUAUUCAUUCACAACCACAGCUCCGACAGCCAGUUUGCUGACAUGAUUCGCUCCAAGCUCCAGAACCAAGAGUCUCACCUCAAGGUGGGGCUGUGGUCGGAGGUGGAGCGGCCCGACCGCUCCUCCACCCGCAACAAGCUCCUGCGGCUCCGUCUCCUCAAUAGCACCCGGAUCGUGAUCGUCGCCUCGGAGGCCUACCUCAAGCACGACUACCACGCCUUGACCAGUGCCCUGGCCAAGAGCCGUGCCAAGCCGGAGUCCCUCCGCAGUAAGGUCAUCGUGGUGCGGGUGAUUGAGGAGCCCCACAUCCCCAAGGAUCUAGUCAAGGAUGUCUUGGCAUCGUUGGAAUACAACGUUGAUUCGGACAGCUGCUACUUCUGGCCCCGCUUCCUAAAAGUGGCCAUGCCUGAUCAAAAAGAACUGCUGUACUGGGUGUAACUCAACGGCAGAAGAAAGGUACUGCAUUAUGGGGGACAGCAGUCGCUCACAGUCACUGCACAGAAAUGACAGUUAACCUUAGUGAACGCUGUGCUUCAGUACUGCCCUUUCUUCUAAGCAUAGUGAACAAAUUAAUCGCAAAUUUUGUUAACACUUUUUCUUUAAUAGUGCAUGGUUACAAACACUCACGCUAAUAAUAAGGUACACAAUUUAAACAUGUAAUGUGUCAAACUCCAUGGCUCAGUGAACGGCAUAAAUUUUGUGUUCAUGGGCCCUAUACAGCACUCAACCUUUAUAAAGGAUACAUUUUUGUACAUAUUCAAGCACACACAAAACCUAAACUUGCCGACCAUGAACACAUUUCUGCUACAGUUGGCAGAAAAGCAGGGCCAUGAGAUCUGUCCCAUAUUUUAA